GCCAUCGACUUGCCAUGGCUUCGAGUCUUCGGCUGCCUCCAGCGCGCCAGCGAAUUCAUCCUGGGUCUGCUCUGAGCGGAAAUGUGAUUGCUCUUAUAAGCUCCGGACACAUCGCGCGUGACUAUCGCAGACUUCAGCGCCGUCGGAUACGCAACCAACUAACAAACGAAGGGCUUCCCGGACCCCUCGAUGCAACUGCAUAUGACUGCAACGCUUGUCACGUACGAUCCCUGUCUCCUCCACCGCGCUCAGUCUCGCCUUCUUUGGUGUCAUCGUCGAAUUCGGCGGACUUCAACGCCUCCCGGCCACAAACCAGGCGUACAACGCAGGACCGCCGCUCGAAUCAAACCGGAAAAGGCUCAUCUGCGGUACUGUAAUAGCACACAGCGCACGGGUCGCUACCCAUGGCUGUCUUCGUGCAUCUUUGCACUUGAUCAUUCUUCUGAAGCCCAUCGUCUGCGGCCUGAGAGGAGAAGCUCGCCGAGCAGUUACUCUACGUUGAGGAUGCCCUCAGUAGGGUACUCCUCACCUACGCCGUCUCGGUACCUGCAGCGCGUACCGCAGAUCUGUCGGUGCUCGCGCUCGCGCGAGAAAGUCUGGGAAGGGGCAGCCCGCAACCGCACGGAUCCCAUCCGUUGCGUCCUCGCCGCCCAUCCGAAGAGCUCGUCUCAUAUCUCAGCGCGACGCGUACCUUCGACGGAUUCCGAACGCAGUCUGGACCCUUGCGUGCAUGCUCCUUCCAUGCGCUGAAUUCCCCGCGACAUGACCUCCGAGCCGUCGAUCGUGUAUCCUGCUCAACUUCGUCUACCCUUCGCGAUCUGGUCCAAAUCAUCGAAAUCGCCUGCCUCCUGCGCGCACGUCAAGCUACCAAGUCACCCGAUAACACCUGCGCUCGGCAUAUCAAGUGUCUUCGACCCGGUGCGGCGAAGUACAGAAGACAGUCGGGCGCUCCUGGCGG